CACUGCUUACUACUCAUCAUCAGCUCCACACUCCAAUAUCCAAUGAGCAUCGAUCACAAGUUCUACCCUCACAUCUUCGAAGCCAUUCUCGCCAGCGCGUCCUUCUCGGCUCUUGUGCGCCUGCGCGCGACGUGCCGCGAGGUGCGCGACCGCGUCGACCGCCAGCUCGUCACGCACAUUGCCCUCGAACGCGCCUCCAUGUCGGGCCCUGACCGGCACCUCGCGCUCGAGUCCUGCGUCCUCGGCAACCGCCUCUACCCCAUCCCGCGCGCGGGAUGGCUGCAAGACAUGGCGGACGCCGUGCGUAUUGUCGACCUUCUCGAUGGCGAGCUCCCCGAAGGGGACCGCAACAGCAGCUUUUGCCGCACGCGUGGCGAGCUGUGCGACAGCUCUCCCUCGCACCUGGCCCGGUACAUUGACAUUUACGCGGAGAUUGUGUGCUACUGGCACCAGCACUCCUGCACGCCGGGCAUCCGCGCGGCGCGCUCGAUACAUUUUUGGACGCCCGAGGGCCCGGAAAACACGGAUAUGGCACUUCGCCACCUCGCGCAUUGCUCCAACUCGGCCGUUCAUGUCACACGUCGCUGUCCAGACGAAUUCUACGAUUCAUUGGACCCCGUCCACAUCCCUGAUGUCAUAGGAAGCCUGCACAUCGUUCGUCUCGGCACGAUUCGUUUGCGAGCCAUGGAUCCGUGCGAAAUGGGCCGCGCGUUGUGGAAGCACAUCUUCCAUCUGCCAGGGACGGUGGUCGUCGGCACUGAGACAUGGCGCCUGCCCGUCUUGUCGAAUAAACUGGAGGAGCGGGAGGCCGAGCUGCACACCGAAAUCGCCGAAUACGGGGCCUGGUCUCCCCAUGUUGGAAUCAUGCCCAGGGAGUGGCUAUACUGGUCCGACAGCAGCACAGACGGAGAGACCGGCUUGGAGGCCGUCGGGGACGCAGGGGAUUCUGGUGAGGACGGCGGAAAUUCUGCACAGCAUAACGGGGACGGUUACGUUGACCCGGAGGAGGCGGAGAUGCUCGCGCGUGCAACAGCUGCGGCCGAAAUAUAUCUCCGCGAUCACGAUUGCGAGUAGGCGAGCGUGUGUACAGCCUCGAGGCG